CAAAACAAAAUAAAAACAGUUGACGUAGCUAUUGGCUUGGAAAAAGUAACAUUCGUAAAGCAAAACAAAAUUUAUAUAUCAUUUAAAAUGCACGACUCUCAUUUUUAAAAGCAAAUGGACGUUUAAAAACUUCCUAUAUUGUUUUAAAACAAAGUAUACCAAAAAUAAACAGAAUCUAUUUAAAUUCAUUAGUACAUAUUGGCUAUCUAAACCACCGCUGAAUAUGCCGCUUCCCACAUACGACGUGUUACUGGAAUCUACAGCGGUAGUCAGUACGAUUUUACAAUUUUUGUCUGGCGUGAUUAUAUGCCGUAAAUACAUACAAAAGAAAAGUACCGGCGAAUCGUCUGGACUACCUUUUAUUUGUGGAUUUCUUUCAACAUCAUUUUGGCUCCGUUAUGGUAUGCUCACAGAUGAACGCAGUGUUAUAUUGGUCAAUAUAAUAGGAUCCUUCCUUUUUCUAUGCUACACAAUGGUGUACUAUAUUUUCUCAGUCAACAAAAAAUCCUUUAUGCGACAAUUUGGCAUUGUCUUGUUUAUUCUGUUUGGUGUGUGGUACUAUACUAAUUUGAUUGAAAUCGAAGCGGAAAAAGUUCGUAUGAUGGGUUUGGUGUGCUGUAUUAUUACAGUGUGCUUCUUUGCAGCUCCUCUAACUAUGUUAAUACAUGUGAUACGUGUAAAGAAUUCCGAAAGUUUACCCUUCCCCCUAAUUGUAAUGACAUUUUUGGUGUCUGUACUGUGGGUUAUAUACGGCGUUAUCAUAUCGGAUACUUUUAUACAGAUACCCAACUUUCUUGGAUGUUUACUUUCAAUGCUGCAACUUUGUUUAUUCGUAGUUUACCCUCCUAAAACCUAUUCCGGUCAAGGCUAUCGCUUGGUUGACCAAGCUCCAAUAUUUUAAAUGCAAAAAAUCUAGUUACUAUUUAAAUUGUAUUGAUCGUCGCUGUAACGAUCUAUAAAAAUAAACUUAGGUUUGAAAACAUUAUGACUGGAUGAAAUAUUUUUAAAAGCAGCACAGUGUAGUUAAGUACCGAUAUGUAUUAUCAGAUUGCAUUUAUUUAAAAACUAAAAAUUAAAUGAAAUUCCAGUUAGGACUGUUUCAGUGUUUGUAAAACGACAACAUUUAUUUCGAGAAUACUUUAAUAAACUAACUAAAGCUGAUUUAUGUAAAACUUUGUACAUACCUCUGCUUUAUAUAUAUUCGA